AUAAAUGAAACUAAAAAUAAUAUGGAUAUGUAAACGAAAUAUUCAAUAAGAAGGGAAAAUGUAUUAAUAAUUCCGGGUAAACAUACGGAACAAACAAAGAACGAAAAAGAAUAAAAGAAACGAAACAUGUCACAGAAGAUUAACGAAUUCGAAUGCUACAACAACUCUUCACAUUGUGUUAAUUGAAAUUCAAGGUUUUUUUUUCUGUUUUUUUCGUUGCAAAUAGUGCGUAACUAACUAAUAAUGGGUGAGAAAAAGGCAACAGAAAAUCUAAAGCAUAUGAAGAGAACGAAGGGGAAAAUAAGAGAGAGAGUCUGCUAACGAGAUCAAUAAGAAUCGUAACGGUCAAAAGAUGUCAUAAAACAACGAACCCAAACAGCUUCAUGGAAAUCGCUUAACUGAACUUAAAAAAUAUAUUCUGUUUUCUCUCGCUACGCCUUGCGAAGAGCAUGCCGUGUGUUUGAUUUGCCCCCCAAGAAGCGUUAGUCUGGGAAAUUAUAGAAAUUUUCCUUCAUAAUAUUAAACACAUGUUAAGUAAAUGGUUACAAGCGAACGCAAGAGAAAAAUAAUUGAAAACUAAAAAGAUGACUUAGAACGCGGAGUAACAUACACAGAAACGAUUAAGCUGAAAGAGGAAAGGAAACAUGACAGAAAGCAUAACAAAAAACAACAUGAUAUCAUCAGCAAUAGUUUUACAAAUGUGUGCACAAAUGAUUUGUAAUAUGUGUCUUAUGGCACAUUCAGCACUCGCAGAUACACAUACAUACGCACUUGUACGAACAAGUGUACCGUUCAAAUGCAAAAAAGGAGGAACAAAUGUUUUAAUUAAGAAAAGUCGUCGAUGACUUUUUCUAUACACAGUUUUCUGCUGCCAUCACUUAAUUUUCUUAUUCCGCUUGCAUUAUAUGCAUGAAAGAAAUAUGCGAUAAUGGGCCACGCCUGCUCUGGCUUCUUUUAAAUUGGUACGAAAUUGCUAAGUUAUUCGUAAUCAUCGCCGAUAAUACUGACCGAGAGUUUAUCUUGCAAGCAAUCUCCGAACUAGAAUAAGACAGAAAACGAAAACCGCGUUCACUCUCAACAGCUGAAAGAUGACAUGCUCUAAGGCAGCUUCGUAUUACGGUAAGGAGGUUCCUAUUGUUCGGAUUAAACAUUCCUUCGCCAUAUGAUAGUCGUAAUCGCUCAACAGUUAGUUAUUGAAAGCUUAUUGCAGACGCAGAGAACGAAACAAUUCUGAGGGCGUACCUCUUAUUGCGCCGCCAACAAGAUGUUCAUAUGUCGCAUGUGACCUGACUUGGACUACAACUUCUCUCUUCAUUCCAAGUUUCUGAUAUCUACAGAACAACAGAAAAAAAAAACCAACCAGGUCCUAAUGUGGCGUGUUCUGCAUUUGCCCUCAACUGAGCUCAGAUCUUCCACUGGCUUGUCUCAUAUUUCUGACGCAUGUCGAAGUGUUUUAAAAGCAACAUUAGAAGUAACCAAAAAUGUUUACCGAAGUUUCGAAGGAAGAAAAAAAUGCACCAUAAACUUUUUCGGGCAAAGUGAUCCAUCGAUAACGUCCUUUGUUGACGUACUAGAAAGGAAAACAUUAUCCCAAGUGCCAACAACAUUCAACCUGGAUUGCAACAGGGGACUGAUGGAUGGAAGUCAGCAUUUAGCUGAGACAAUUUCAGUGUGCUUCAGAACAGUGUAGAACUCACGGAACAACAACGAACUCGUUCAGCAUUUAGCUGCAGCCGCAUCGUGAUCAUCGUGCCGGUAACAGACAUAUGUACAACAUGUUAGGAUCGUUCACGGUAGCAAAUGUUCUAUAAGCAAAAUAAGUUAAGCGCAGAACAAUUGUGACUAAUCAUCGCGAUAUGACACGAUAUUACUAAGUCCAACAACAAUAACAAGAAAUAUUGGUGCCACUACAGGAAACACCAUCGUGAUAGUCUCGACAUCAGGGCGACGACAUUAGGAAUUUUAAAUUUGGCGCAAUCGCUAGAAGCAAUGAACACAUUUUCCUUAGCCUUUGCCAUAUGUAUUCUAAUGCUUACCUCCAUGUUGUCUGACAUCGACACAGAAGCAUAGAUACUACAAAUGCCUUAAGCGUUUGUGAGCUGACAUUUUGCGUAAUGUGCGAUUGCGAAGGACUCUCUGCGUUUACUCAGUGGAAACGUUUGCAUAUCCCCUACUAGAGAUUGGAGACUGGCUUUAAUUCAUCAUCUCCGAAUAGCCAAGCUGAAGGACCCAAGAGAAAUGGGAUUUCCAAAAAUUCGUAACUUCCUAAAAGGAUUAUGUCCGCCACUUAAAAAUUCAAAAUGAUGAUAAAAAAUCCUGGCCACCUGGCAAAUGAUGGGUAAGAGAAAUGCACCAAAUCGAAAAUAGAAUUUUAUGUUUUUGCUGCUAUAAGAUUUCUCAUUCGAACGCGCGCAUCUUCAGCAAACUUCGAAAGAUAAAAGCAAACCAUAACGGCACAUAUCCAAUGUGUCACAAUUGCCUUUAAGGUUAUGCGCUCAAAGCAGUCAAAUUGCGCUGAUAUUGUUUGCAGCGACCUUGGACUCUGCGGCGUCUUCCCACCGCUAACACUUGAACUUGUCUUGUUAUACAUUCGGUAUUUCCAUAUAAAUAUUAAAAGACUAAAUAUUAAAACAGCAAAGUAAACUCAUGCCCUCCUCCACAUCACUAUCAAUCCUACGACCGCCGUUCUGAUUAAAUGGAAACUCUAUUAGUUCAUACAUAACGGGCGGUUCUUUAAAGUAUUUUUUAUGUAUAAACCAUGAAUUCGCCACUAUCCUACAUUGUCAACAUCAUUAUGGAUGAAUCGGUUACAAGGGUCAGUGAAUGCAGCCCAAUUUGAAUCUUUAUGGUCUUAUCUAACUAUAAUAGCAGAAAAUGAUUACUUAUUGCUAAAUGUAUGUGGGACGGGAAGACUGUGGAAAUGUUGUACACAAUAGACAAACUGAUAAUCGAAAAUUUUAUCUUCUCAUAGAUGAUCAUCAAAUAUCUGAUACUCAUAUUGAAAAUUUGUUAAGCAUUAUUAGGAAGACUCUGCUAAGCCAAGAAGCAUACUAUUGCCACUAAGCCAUGCCUUAGCUUAGCUCGAACUGGCUUAGGAAAAGUAAGAAGAAGGCAGUCAUAGAUAACUCUUGCAUGAUACUUAAAUUGUAUUAAAUCAGUCAAACGAGCAAUUACAUCUCCGACUUUACACCAACAACCUUUAGAAUUUUAAAUGGUCCAU